CUACGAGCAACUGCCUGAAUGAUCGUCCAACUGCGACGCGACGCUGAGCAGCGACCUGGUAAAGAACGGGUCGGUGUCGUCCCCCGGCUACCCGGACCCCUACCCGCCGGGCAGUCACUGCCGCUACGACUUCCAGGGGCGCGGCAAGGAGCGCGUCCAAGUGGUCUUCAACGACUUCCUGCUGCACCAGCCGCCAGAGAGCCACAGAGACUGCGAGGGAGUGGACGCGCUGGUGGCGUACGUGCACAUCGAGGGCCGCAUGGAGAAGAUCGACAGCUUCUGCGGGGACGCGAUGCCCAAGCCGCUCAUGUCCAACGGCGCCCGCCUGCUGCUCGAGUUCCGCGGCCAGCACUCCUCCAGCCACGCCAGGGGCUUCAAGGCCACCUACAGCUUCACCGAGAACUUCGGGGUUCUGGGCGGCGGCGGUCGGCAGCUGUCGGAGUGGCCGUGCGGCUUCGCCUUCAACAGCAGCGAGGCCACCAGCGGCUACGUCACCAGCCCCAACUUCCCCGGGCUGUACCCACGGGACACCGAGUGUCACUACUUCUUCCACGGCGCCGGCACCCAGCGGGUGCGACUGCGCUUCCACUACUUCGAUGUCGAGGGCGUCCAACCGUGCGAAGCAUCUUCCGCCAGCGAUUACGUCGAGUUCUCCAACUUCAUGGCGCGCGACCGAAAGUACUCGAGAUACUGCGGCCAGCUGAAGGAGUUCGACAUCGAGUCUGAUCGCAAAUUCUUCAGGCUGACUUUCCGCUCGAACGACCGGCUGGACGGCACUGGCUUCAACGCGACCUACUACUUCCUGGACGAGGAGGAGAGCUCGCCUGCCAAGCCGAGACCGACCAGCAGCGCCAGAGGAAAUGCAGUCUGCUGGGCCUUGGUACUCCUCAGCAUCUUCUCCCUGCUGUGCUGAUGUCAACUCUUGAAACAACGAGUGCAGAUGUAACACAGUGCUUAUUACCAAAAAGGUUUAUUUACUUUUCUCUCUUUGAUGCUCAUCUGCGAGCGCAUGGACAACCUUUUCGUAAGUGCUGAACAGAAGGACAAUCAACAAUGCUACAAUAGAUUAUAGCCUCUACUUAGAAAACACUGUACAUAAAAGUUAUUUGUAACUGUUCUUAAUACCGCUGGUACCACAUGCGUGGGAACAAAGUAAUGUUGAAAAUUACUAAAGUUUAUUUGUAGACAGACUUCGUUAUGUAAAUAGUUUAGCACAUGUUAAGGCAAAACUCAGAGUAAGAGUAGUUUGUUAAACGUGUGUGCCAAUUCAGAAAUAUAUGACCAAUAUGGAAGUGUUGAUUAUUUUAAUAGAAGCGAAAGUAUUGCUAAACGGAACUACAUUAUUUUAAAAGAUACGUCACAUUUCAUUAUUACGAGGUCACUGCCACAGAUCGAAUAUUUUAAUCAUCCUAACUGCAUCAAAAACUCAUACUACAUACUUUUAGUAUAUAAUCUUUCAUUCUAGUUUCUACGUGUGAGAAUUUAAAAUUGCAGCAAUAACAUCUGUUCUUCCAUCUCCCUGUAUUUAAGCUCACCAUGAGUUUCUCUCUGACAGGAGAACAGUGGUAUUUUUUAAGCCAAAAAUAAAUUAUUUAGACUUGUUUCUACAUGGGUUACAUCUAGAAAAACAAACUAGAAUUGUCAAUCCCCUUCAAACACAACACGUUGUCGUUACCUCGCACUAUGCACAGUAGCGUCAUUAGUAUAUGCUAAUAACUUUAUUGUACUUCUGAUGAUAGCUGCUUGUGGAAACUGUGUUGGACAGUUAUGAAGAGGAGCAUUUUGUAAUUAUUCAAAAAGUUAAAUUCUGUUGGGAGCGUAAAGAAAUUGGCGUUGUACCUUAGCACGAACCCUGCGGUGCCUGUCCACGAAAGUAGAAUAUGAAUAACAUCUGUGUGUUUUGCACCUUAAGUGUGUUCGGUCAUAUCUAUCACUACGCAACACAAGAUGUUAAUGUCCUCUCACAGAUAGAGCGUGUAUACUAACGAAAAUCUUUCAGCAUGAAAUUCUGAUGGUUAGACAAUGGGAGUCCCUGUCGCUCACAAAAUAAAUAAUAAUAUGGCAAAAAUUAUAUUUAUAGCGUCUGAAGCAAAUAACGUAGAAGUGAAACGCGAAACAGCACUGAAUGAGCAGUAUCUUAAUGAAGUGAACUUCUGUAUAUCCUCAUAACGUCGCCUUAGGUUUUGAUGCAGUGGAUCUCUCAUCUGAUGUUUACAACAGUUUGCGUCCAUAACGAUGUAUUUUGUUAUAUCAUCUGCACUGUGAACAGGAAUUACUGCAGCUCUGCGAUGGAAUCAUCAGACGUAAAUUACAUGCAUUUAUGAAUAGUGAGAUUUCAAAAUCAGAAUAAUCAAAUUUGCAGUGUAACAUUGCUUCAUAAUUGCGAAACAAAAGAGCAUUUUUGAAAACAUAGAUACUAUGCUGUGAGAAAAUUUCAAUAUUCCAGUCUGUUCUUUGAUCAUAAACUAAUUUACUUACAUUUACCGCUUAAGUUGCCUAUGGCGUCAAUUAACACUGUUCCAGUCAUGUAUUCUUCUUUAUCUGUUGAGUAAACAUGUUCUGUAUGCACUGCAUUACUUGCAAAUCUUUUGCCAGCACUUCUUAUAAAAUAUGUGAAAACUUAGCAGGUUUUGGCAUUAUUACACGAUCAUAUUUGUGAAAAUGUUUUUGCUAUUUUUUGUAAAAUAUUUCUUAAUAUGUGAAGUUAAAUGAUCUGAACACAAUAACUCACAUUACAAAAAAAAGUGACAAACAGUAUCAUAAAUUCCAGACACUUUUUAAAGUGCUUCAAGUAACCAGCACAAGGUCCAUACUGAUCCACUAUUAAUGUCUAAGGAAAUUAUUAUUCUUUAACACACUAUACGUUAUGCCACAGAAGGAACAUGUAUCAAGUUGAUGUGCAGAACUAAACAUUUACCUAAAACUCGAGUAACUUAUUGCUUGACUCUGCUGUAAUUAGUCACUGAGAAUCUCAUAAACUGUAAUCAUUACUGUCAUUAUUUCUGCUAAUAUAUCACAACCAAACCUUUGUGUUAUAUACAUCAAAGUAAAUUCAUUCCAUUUUUUCACAGAAUUUGUAACUAAUGAUGGAUAAAUUGCUGAAUUUUAAAUUGUACCAAAUAGUUUGUGUUUGUCCAAACACUGUUCUAGCUCGAUGGGUUGCAAAGAGAUUGGAAAUACACAUAAAGAUACUCCUUAGUUAGUACUGCUACAGAGUUGUGAUGCAGAUGCGUUAAGUCUACUGUAGCUGUUCCUGUAAGUCUGCCUUGUGUAACUGAUUAACAAUAGUUGCAGCUAUGCGUAUGUAUCUGUAUAUUGUAUUUCAUAAUCCUUUAUAAGAAUUUUCGUUUUAUAAACAUUAAUAAUCCUGUAAUGUAGUUUCUUUUCCUAUGAACAUGUUACUUAUAUUUCACACAAAUUCGAUUUAAACUGACAUCGCUUAAAUUUGCAUAAAGUUUACAAGCAUUAUGAAAUCAGUUCUCCAAAACGAAAACAUCUGUUCUAUUUUCUAAUAACCAAACCUUUGAAGUUUCAUAUUUCUAAACAGAUUUUAUACUGUGAUCCCUUGACAUAAUUUCAUAAUAAAUUUUGUUAUGUCUCAUUUUUGAAAAUGAAUUUUAUACUAAUACUGGUACUGUCAGUUCACUAAUUAGAUAUCAACCUGCUUGCAGCAGAAUAUAUUAAUAAAAGUGUUUCUAAUAUUUGUGUACUUAUUUGUCGAGUGUUUGGGGAAUAAGAUAUGAAAGAGGAAGCCAUUUAUGACAAUUUUUUGUCGAAUAACUACAAUUUAAUGGUGAACUUCCAGAUAAAUCUUGUGAUUUGAUCUAUGAUUUUUAUCUUCAUGGUAUUCACGAGCUUAAUAUCUCUCUUAAAAUGGUAUAUACUAACACAUUUGCAGUUCUGAAGGUAGGAUUUCCUAAAAGUAUUUAAGUAAAUGACACCUGACAGCUUUAAACAGCACUCACUACGGCAGUGGGCAUUACCAACAACACACAAAUAUUGUACACUGUGUAAAACAUGUGAGUUAGAACCCCAAAAGUUAUUGAGCGAGGUUAAUGCAUUGUAAAAAUAAAUCGAAAAGUAUGAGUGCCCAACUCACACUUAUAUUGUUUAUGAGCACUUUUAGUUGUAAUGUUGUACAAUCUGUAACUCUCAUAAAAGAAUAUUUGUAACCCAGAUUACUGAGAAACAUAUCAUAACGUUUAAUAACGAAAAUAAAUGGUUGUUUGAAUGGAAA